UUUGGACAUGCAUCUUAAAGUUUCCAAGUGCAGCAAUCGAAUUCUUAAACGAAAAGAGAAAGUUAGUAAAGUACACGUAAAAGUUACACUUUAAGUUAACAGGAAAGUAAUCAUGACAAUAAUCACCCAAGGAGUCACAGAGAAGAAAAUUUCUCAGGAGAAAGAACUGCUGGUCACAAAAGAAGUGUCUGAGGUGGAAAAUGGUCAGGUAGAACAAAGAAACCCAAGGACCAGAACAGUGAGAUUUCAGAAUCAUACUAUUCGUAUUAAUUCAGCUUCAAGUCUCUGUAUCUUUGUUACUGUACUGUUGGUUCUUACUUUUAUAAUCCUUGGUGGUGUAUAUUCAUACAGACAGCUUACUCAAUACAAGUUUCAUCAGUUCCGGGGCUGGUGCUCUGUACCUUACAAUGCAUAUGCCUUAGAUCAGAAACAAGCUGUGUCUAGUAACUAUAGAAACUACAAAGAAAAGAAUUACUCAUCACCACCAAGCAACAUGGUGCAAGUAACUAAGAACCUUUAUGCAUACAGGAACUUCUUUAGGGAAGCAUUUGAGAUAGACAUAGAAUAUGAAGAAUAUGAAGAGAUUGAGGUACCAGAUUUCUCUCAUGGUCGACACGGACGCUUUAUUCAUGAUUUUGUUGUGAACAAAACUGGAAUAGUUGAUGUAGAAAGAAGGCGGUGUUUCGUGAUGCCUCUCAACCGGAAGCUUAUCUAUCCUCCACGUUCAUUAGUUGAUUUGAUGUUAAAGUUAGAGACUGGCUAUUAUGAUGUGAACACAGAAGUUGUUCGAGAAACAAUGUAUGUUAUCACCCCACCUGUCAGCGACAAAAAGAAGCUUGGAUACCACAUCGCAAGAGUUUGCUCUACGUUUCCUAUUUAUCGCCUAGAGAGAAUGACUGUUCCACAGAUUAAUACACAUUGGCCUCACAGAGUUUACAAGCGAAAUGCAGAAGAGAAGAACACGUUUGUUGAAUUUGCAGGACCUAACAUCAGCGAGAUUAAAAUAGUUAACAUCCAUCAUGCUGUUGGUGCACCUGUAGAGUAGUGAUAAAAAAAAACACUAUAAUUUUGACAGAAUGAGUUAUUUACAUUUUGAAUUAUUGGCAGUCCUUUCCACUGUAUGUAUUACUUAUGUCUGUAGUGUUUGUAAGAUAAAGGCUUUGUGAAUUGUUUUCUCUUCUGAAUAUAUUGCUUUUUCUGUGAUUGGAUUAACAUUAAAAUGUUAUAUGUAUCUAUUGUAUUUAAAGGAAGUUUAAAUGUGUAUAGUUAAAAGGAUACAAUUACUUUGUUGACUUAAUUUCUAAAAUUAAUUGAGGUAACAAUGAAUGUACAUUCAACAUGUUACCAACUUAUAUUUCAACAUUUGUUUAUGGUUUUAUAAAUAUAGUUAUUAAGAAGGGUUAUAAAAACCUUGUUUGAUAAGUUAAAUUGUGGCUGAAGCAUAUGUUAAUGUGUGUUUGAAAUGUUUAAAGUUUUUUCUGUGACAUGAAACACACACAUAUUAUUCAAAGGACCAGUAAGUUUGAAAUAUCAUUUCUUUUUAUAUCAAUUUUUGAUUUUAGUAAGUUGGUAGUACUUUCACAGCUUUAACACUGCUCUUCAGCCAAUGGCUUUUCUUAUAGUUCUUGAUGUACAGGAGGAAAUUAAAGUCUGGCACUCUUUAAUAUUAACUUGUAACCUUGAGGUAUACACUUUGGAUUGACCAUUAGCUUUUGGACCAUAUGGUUACGAGUUAUUAUUAAAAGAAUGAAAGACUUCUAAUUUCCUCUUAGGCAUCUAGCACUAUAAGAAGAGCAGUGUUAAAGCUGCAAUAACCCUACCAAGCUGCUGAAAUCAAAAGUAUAAAUAAAAAGAUACAAUAUUUUUAAAAUUGGUGGUCCUUAAGAAAAUCACACCCUUAUAUAUAUAAUUGUUCACAUUACUUUUUGGAAAAUACACACUAUUGAAUCUUAGAAUUUUACUUGAAUAUGAAAAAAAAUAGUGUUGGUUUUUAUUAAAAACCAGGGUAGGAAAAGAAACUGCAGAAUAUUAACUCAUAUUUACAUGGAUAUCUGUUUAAAAUUUUAGCUCAACCUUAAAAGCACAGUGUGUUUUGAAUACUUAUAAUAGUAUAUUUUAAAUUAUGCAUGCAAGUUUCUGCUUGGCAAGACAAACUAUCAAAAUCUAGAUUGUUGCCUGAUAAAUGUUACUUUGAUAGAAGAAGUACUAAGAGAAAGGUUUUAUGGUAUUCCUAUUGCAAGUUUAUCUCUAGGUGUUGUUUAUUAUAUCAAACAGUUUAUUAUCCAUUAUUAGAAAUCUUGAUUGUCUGUUUUAACUUAUAUUUAAAGGAGUAAUUGUUGUAUAAAUAUAAAUGCAGUUCAGAAGUUUGUAUAUCAAAGAAAGUACUGAACUGAAGAUGCAUUCAGUUUUCUUUUAUCAAAUUUCCAGUAGUAAAUGAGAAGGUAUUAACCAAAUGUGCAUAGGAUUGAUUCAUUGGAGAAGAAAUGUUGACAGAAGUUCUGAAUUUACUAUGUCUAACUACAUGAAAAUAAGUAAAAUGUACAAGUCUGUUGUACACACACAAAAAAAAACAGACAUGUUAAAAGUAUUUGAACUCGAGAUAUGUCUGUGAAUUGCCGACAUCAGAGUGAAAAGUGAUGUUUAUGUGAAGAAUAAAAAUGCUUUUUUUCCAUUGUAGAGUUUGCAUAUUGUAUAACCUCUAGAACCUCCAAAAUCCAUAUCUAGUUUUUCCAGUGUCACUGUAUAUUGUAUCUGGUGUUUACUCUCCUCUACCAUGAACUGUCAUUAAAUCAGUAAUAUAGGGUAAAAUUAAUAAAUGAUGAUUCUAACAUCAAAUACAUAAUACCAUGUUGCACUGUGUAAAAGGCUGUGACAUAUGCACUUUGACCCCUACCUGUGCACAUAGUUAAAGUUUAAACAUUUAAUUUCUUGUAUCUUUGUGUGAAAAAACACUUGUAGGUGAACAGCAAAUUAAUAUUGUAUUUUGUUUUUAAGUAAGAAAAAAAAUGAAAAUAAAUAAAUUUUGUUUAUGUUUCUAAUCUUUAAAGUGAAUUUUAUAUAGUUUACUUUUAUGUAUACUUUCUUGAAGUAAUUCAAGGAUUAAUUUAUUAUUUUUAUGUUCAUUUUAUUGUUGAAUUCUAUAUUCCAAGCAGCUUGCUAGUAAAAGUUUGUUUAUUUUGUUGUUGGUUUUUAUAUUCCAAGCAGCUUGCUAGUAAAAGUUUGUUUAUUUUGUUGUUGGUUUUUAUAUUCCAAGCAGCUUGCUAGUCAAAGUUUGUUUAUUUUGUUGUUGGUUUCUAUAUUCCAAGCAUCUUACUAGUCAUUUGCCAAAUGAUCAUUUCUAAUUAGCCUUGUAACUUAAGGCAAAUGUUUUUUUUCAGCACAUUACCUUUCAGAGUUUCUUGUGGUGCAUUCCUUUGAUGGUCCCAGUAUUUAACUUUCUUUUGUUUUCAUUUUUCUGUUUAUAUAUAUUUCUGUUACAUAUUAUUUAUUUGAUGUGUUUAAUUUUACAUUUUUGUUUUAUUGACAAAGCAAAUCCAGGUCUCUUAAUACAGUUAAAAAAAAACUUUACAAUUUAAAAAUUUCUGUGUGAUACAAAAGCUAUUGAAUUGGCUUAAACUCCUCAUGAGUACUGAUGAACAGAACAAUUUCUUGUACUCUAACAAGUAAGUAAGACUAUUUAAAAGUGAUUCUGGACUUGCUCAUAUUUAACUGUGUACAAAAACAAAACAUCAUAUUUCUGAAGUACGCAGUUAUAUUCCUGAUUUUAGUUCACCUUCAGUAUGUUCUAUUAAAGACGAUAGAAGAUCACUGCUGAAAGUAGAACUUUUCUAGUUCCCUAUUCUAAUCAUAUAAAUGUGUAGGAGACCCUAAAUCUAGAGUGUUUUAACCUUACUACAUAUUAAAGUAAGUUACUCAGGCCUGAAUGUAACUGAAGACAUUUGGGGUUUUCUCGCUUAACUUUUUUUUUUUUUUCAUGUUCCCAAAUGACGUGCUUGUUCGUAGAUGUUAAGCCAGAAAUGUGAUAAUCAGUUAGAUUUUUAUGAAUGUUUGUGUUAAGUGAAAAAGUUUAAAGAAAUUGUCAGUUUUAAACAGCUCUUGUAAAUUAUGGGUAUUUAUUUGAAAUGCCCAUAUUGAAUUGUUCUGGAAAUUAGUAGGGAAGUUGAGAAACCAUUUAAAGAAGUUGAUGUAAUUCUGGUAAUAUAUGAAAAUAAAAUUCUAGUGUUGUA